AUGCUGAAUGUGAGGGAACAGAGGAUCUACCAAAGAACCAAACCUCAGUACAACCCAGAGAGAGAGGCCAGCGUGCUGGAGCUGGACGCCCUGCGCUCCAGGAUGGAGGAGGCUGUCAUGGUCGCCGACGCUUUUCGCAUCGCCUUCGAGCAGCAGCUGAGGAAACGAAGCGAGCGCUUCCUGCUGCUGGCCGAGGCCAACGUCCUGAAGCCCCACCACUGCAAGGCCGAAGGCAGGAACCAUCAGACCAGUCCAAAGACCAGAGCCAGGAAACAUCGGGAACCUCACAGUGUGAAGAAGUCUCAUCACAGUCCAAUAAAACGUCUAAAACCCCGACUGACUGCUCAAAGAACCAGAGCCAGGACAUAUCCGAGUCCCGUUUAUCAGAGUCCACUGUCCACACGGGGCGGAAGACAAAACGGCCUGACACUGCACCUCAAACAGGGUCUAGAGCAGAGUCUAGAGCAGAGACUGGAACAGAGACUGGAACAGAAUCUAGAGCAGAGUCUAGAGCAGAGACUGGAACAGAGUCUAGGGCAGAGACUGGAACAGAGUCUAGAACAGAGUCUAGAGCAGAGACUGGACCAGAGUCUAGAACAGAGUCUAGGGCAGAGACUGGAACAGAGUCUAGAGCAGAGUCUAGAACAGAGUCUAGGGCAGAGACUGGAACAGAAUCUAGAACAGAGUCUAGAGCAGAGACUGGAACAGAGUCUAGAACAGAGUCUAGAGCAGAGACUGGAACAGAGUCUAGAACAGAGUCUAGAACAGAGUCUAGGGCAGAGACUGGAACAGAAUCUAGAACAGAGUCUAGAGCAGAGACUGGAACAGAGUCUAGAACAGAGUCUAGAGCAGAGACUGGAACAGAGUCUAGAACAGAGACUGGAACAGGGUCUAGAACAGAGUCUAGAGCAGAGACUGGAACAGAGUCUAGAACAGAGACUGGAACAGGGUCUACAGCAGAGACUGGAACAGAAUCUAGAACAGAGUCUAGAGCAGAGACUGGAACAGAGUCUAGAACAGAGUCUAGAGCAGAGACUGGAACAGAGUCUAGAACAGAGUCUAGAGCAGAGACUGGAACAGAGUCUAGAACAGAGUCUAGAGCAGAGACUGGAACAGAGUCUAGAACAGAGACUGGAACAGGGUCUACAGCAGAGACUGGAACAGAAUCUAGAACAGAGUCUAGAGCAGAGACUGGAACAGAGUCUAGAACAGAGUCUAGAGCAGAGACUGGAACAGAGUCUAGAACAGAGUCUAGAGCAGAGACUGGAACAGAGUCUAGAACAGAGUCUAGAGCAGAGACUGGAACAGAGUCUAGAACAGAGUCUAGAGCAGAGACUGGAACAGAGUCUAGAACAGAGUCUAGAGCAGAGACUGGAACAGAGUCUAGAACAGAGUCUAGAGCAGAGACUGGAACAGAGUCUAGAACAGAGUCUAGAGCAGAGACUGGAACAGAGUCUACAGCAGAGACUGGAACAGAGUCUAGAGCAGAGACUGACUCACUGCAGGAUUUGGACUCGUCGCAGACUGACAGCAAACCGGUGUUUCACCAUGAGAAUCAUGAGAGCCGUAAGAAACGUGACGACCACAAGAAGGCCGAGAACCCUGACCCCCCACUGUGAGAACCCUGACCCCCCACUGUGAGAACCCUGACCCCCCCCCCCCACCGUGAGGACCCUGACCCCCCACUGUGAGAACC